UAACAAACUAACCAAUCAUGUUUUCAUCAGUGUAAUCAUUUAAAUAUAAUCUAUAAUUCACUAAAUACCAAGUGUAGAUCAUAAAUGCCUACAUAUAAAUUGUUUAUUAUAGUGUUAGUUUUCAGUGUCUUAGUCUAAACCAUUAACUCUGUUAAUUCUCUUCUUAAAGAUGGAGUUUAUUAAAGAGGAGGAGAGUGAAGACAUAAAGAUGGAGUUUAUUAAAGAUGAGACCGAAGACAUGAAGAUUGAAGAAACAUUCAUUGUGAAACAUGAAGAUACUGAGGAACAAACAGACCUAAUGGCACUGAAAGAGGCAAGUCAUGAACUUAAUGAAAGGGAAGAAGAGAAAAAACAUGAUAAACAUAAUGAUUUCUUGACUGGGGAAAGAGCGACACAGGCUAAAAAUUCUUCUUUACGAAAAAGAGCUCAAAAGACAGGAUCUAAAAGUUAUUUCACCUGCCAACAGUGUGGAAAGAGUUUUAAACAACAUAGAUACCUUAAAGUCCACUUGAGAGUUCACACUAGAGAGAGUCCCAUCACUUGCCAACAGUGUGGAAAGAGUUUCAACCGUGAAGACUACCUUAAAGUCCACAUGAGGAUUCAUACUGGAGAAAAGCCUUACACCUGUCAACAGUGUGGAAAGAGUUUCAGUCAAAAAGCAUACCUUAUAGUCCACAUGAGGAUUCACACUUUAGAGAAACCUUUCACUUGCCAACAAUGUGGACAGAGUUUCAGUCAAAAAGGAAACCUUAAAGUCCACAUGAGAAAUCACACUGGAGAGAGCCCAUUUGUCUGCCAACAGUGUGGAAAAUGUUACAAAGAAAAAGGAAACCUUACAGUCCACAUGAGAAUUCACACUGGAGAAAAGCCUUACACCUGCCAACAGUGUGGAAAGAGUUUCAGUAGAAAAGGAAAUCUUACAGCCCACAUGACAGUUCACACUGGAGAGAGCCCAUUCACCUGCCAGCAGUGUGGAAAGUGUUACAAAGAAAAAGGAAACCUUACAAUCCACAUGAGAAUUCACACUGGAGAAAAGCCUUACACCUGCCAACAGUGUGGAAAGAGUUUCAGUAGAAAAGGAAAUCUUACAGCCCACAUGACAGUUCACACUGGAGAGAGCCCAUUCGCCUGCCAACAGUGUGGAAAGAGUUACAAAGAAAAAGGAAAACUUGAAAUCCACAUGAGAGUUCACACUGGAGAAAAGCCUUACACCUGCCAACAAUGUGGAAAGAGUUUCAAUAUAAAAGGAAGUCUUACAGUCCACAUGAGAAUUCACACUGGAGAAAAGCCUUACACCUGCCAACAGUGUGGAAAGAGUUUCAGUAGAAAAGGAAAUCUUACAGCCCACAUGACAGUUCACACUGGAGAGAGCCCAUUCACCUGCCAGCAGUGUGGAAAGUGUUACAAAGAAAAAGGAAACCUUACAAUCCACAUGAGAAUUCACACUGGAGAAAAGCCUUACACCUGCCAACAAUGUGGAAAGAGUUUCAAUAUAAAAGGAAGUCUUACAGUCCACAUGAGAAUUCACACUGGAGAGAGCUCAUUCACCUGCCAACAGUGUGGAAAGAGUUUCAAUCGAAAAUAUAAACUUGAAACCCACAUGAGAAUUCACACUGGAGAAAAGCCUUAUACCUGCCGACAAUGUGGAAAGAGUUUUACUGUAAAAGGAAACCUUAUAGCCCACAUGAGAAUUCACAUUGGAGAAAAGCCUUACAUCUGCACUCUGUGUGGGAAUAGCUUCGCACGGGAACUAAGCCUUAGGGAACAUAUGAAUAUUCACACUGGAGAGAAGCCUUUUACAUGUGAUCAGUGUGGAAAGAGUUUCAGGCAUAAAGUGACCCUUUAUAACCACAUGAAAAUUCAUACUGAAGAGAAGCCAUUUAUAUGUGAUAAGUGUGGUAAGAGUUUCAGAUUUAAAUUUAACCUCAAGAGCCACACGAGGAUUCACUCGAAAGAGAACUCUUUUAGAAGUCAUCACUGUGGAAAUAGCAGAGGUGUAAACAGUACCUAAAAACAAUACUUGAAUAAAAGUUCAGAUACCUUAUCAAACACCUUUGAUUCACAAUGGACUUCCGGCAAGAUGGCGCUCUGAGCAGCAACAUUUUCCAGAGCUCUUCAAUCCAUCCCUCAAAAAAGCAAGCUAAAUCUCAUUUGUUUACGUUAAAAUAAUUAUAGGAGUUUCAAAAUAAAUAUAGACAUUUAUUUCUGUUUGAUGAACAACAAUCACAGUUAUAUAACUUAAGCGAGAAACCAAGCAACAUGAACAAACGCAGUGCUCCACCACCUAUGCCGGACAAAUUACAAAACAUGAAAAUAAACAGAGCAGUGGAAGAGAAAGAACCUCCGGAUGAUAUCGCUACUAAUUGUUAUCAAGUUGGCGAACAGAUUUGACAUCCAAGAGAGAAGGAUGGAAGAUCUCUCCCGUAAAAUGGAGGAGAAUUCCAGCCUGAUUGCCGUGAUGAGAGAAGAGGUAACCGAUUACAAAAACAAAACGGUGGAGUUAGAACGGCAAGUCGGUAAACUGCAUGAUGAAAUGAAGGCGCUGACAGAAAAGCGUAAUGAGCAGGAAAGAUACAAAAGCAGAUGGAACUUGAUGGAGAACUUGAUGGAGAUGGAGAUGCAAUGGUGGUUUCUCUCCUUUCAAAAAUCGCGCCGGGAGUGCCGUGGAAUGUAGAUGACAUGGUGGACACUGUUCAUCGUAUUGGUAGGAAGGAGCAGAGUCGUACGAGACAAGUGAUCAUCCAGUUUGUUAAACGGGAAUGCAGAAAUGAGAUCUGGAAGCUUUCCAAAGAGUGUGAUGUAUGCGAACAGGCUGGCGUUCGAUUUGCAGAGGAUCUAACCAAAGAAGACAAGAUGGCUCGGGAGCUGCUAUGGCCAAAGAUUAAAGAGGCAAGAGAUCAGAAGAAAAGGGCAUAUUUUCGUGGGCCUUCUGGGUUCAUAGAAAAUGUGCAGAUUUUCCCAUAAGAAUGCAAAGUGUGUUUUCUCAGAGAUUUAUUAACGUGAAAAUGAGACACGUGAGGUUAUGCUUUGAGGGACCAUUAUGUGACGUUACCUUUUUCACACAUUUAUUGUGGUGUGUUAUUGUUAGCUUGUUCUAGUUAAUUGUACUACUACUGAAUACUAUGUUUACAUUUUGUUCUAAGUUUUCCUUUAUUUCGUUAAAUACCAGGGGGCUUAAAGACAGUAUUAAGAGAAAGGCUAUAUUUUUAUUUUGUAAAAGGCAACAGGCACAGUGUAUUUUUUUGCAUAAACAUUCAGAUUUUUCUGAAUGUUUAUGGUUAUAAUGGACAAUCAAGGAACAAAAUAUUGUUGGAACAAAUUUCAGAGACUAUUAGUGAUUUGAAAGCACUUUUGGCAACUGAUAAUAUUUUAGUGGGAGGAGACUUUAAUUGUGUCCCUGACGAAUGGUUGGAUAGAUUCCCAACAAAGUAUGUUGAUUAUGAACACAAUCAAAAUAUUACUAAUUUUUGCCUUAAUAAUUCCCUAAUAGAUGUCUGGAGACAUGUUAAUCCUGAAUUAAGACAAUAUUCAUGGUUAGACCCAAUGGAACUUGUAAAUCAAGAAUAGAUUUUUGGUUGAUAACACAGGAACUCUUCAAAUAUGUUUCACAAGCUAAAAUUUCUGCAGCUCCUAUUACUGAUCAUUGUAUAGUUACUGUCACAUUGAUGCCUGAUACAGGAAUAAUAUGUAGACAAAAAUAUUGGAAGUUUAAUGCAAAUUUUCUAAAUGAUGAGCAGUUUUGUAAUAUGAUUAGAAAAAUCUUAUAUUCAGUCAAGACAAAUGAAGGGAUUGACUCAUGUGGAAAGAAGUGGGAAUUUUUUUAAUAUAAAGUGAGAAAGUACUGAUUAUGUUAAUUGAUUAUGGUAAAAGACUGUGUAAAAAGCAGAAAGAAUUUGAGAGGCAGCUUAUUAAGGACAUUAAUGAUUGUUGUAAGAAGGAUCUGUCAUUAGAUAUUAAUAAGGAAGAAAUGAUUAGAUUACAAUCUAAAUUAGAUGAUUUGUACCUGAAAAAGGCACAAGGGCAUACAUACGAUCCAGAGCAAAAUGGAUUGAAGAUGGUGAUAAAAACAGUUCCUAUUUCAGUAGAUUAGAAAAAACAAGACAAGAAAGAAAUGCACUUACUACUUUAAAUAUAAAUAAUAAAAUUGUAACUGAUCCAAAAGAAAUAGAUAAUGAAGUAUAUACAUUUUAUCAAACCCUGUAUUCGUCAUCCUUUUCUGAGGCAAACUCUGAAAAUUUCUUCAAAAAAGUAGAUCCUUUUAUUCCUAAUUUUUUUUUUUUUUAAAUGAUUUAUGACUCUGAUUUAAAAAUUGAAGAAAUUGAUACAGCUAUAAAGAAAAUGGCUUUAGGGAAGUCACCAGGGGUCUCAUUUAUAAAACUGUGCGUAGGAUCCCUACUAAAAGUUUACGUGCGCCCAAAAGCCUAAAAUGGCGUACGCCAAAAAAUAUUCAGAUUUAUAAAACCGUGCGUACGCACACCUGUAUGCAAUGUUCCCUUUAUAAAUCACAGAUCACCCGCAGAUGUGCGUACGUGAACCAGCCUCAUAUCCCGCCCUGCACACGCCCAUUUUUAACCAUACAUAGUCAAUGCAAAUCACCUCAUGACUGCUGAUCGGCAUGUAAAUGAAUAUGGAAUCCCAUAUAUACCUGGAAAACUGGCAUGCGACCCACCAAUUAAUUCAUAGAAGAAAGUGAAAACGUGUAUUUGUGUUACUUUGAAUAAUGACGACAGGUGAGAAAAGAGCAAAAAAACGUAAUUUCUCAGACACUGAGAUUGAAACAUUUGUAGGGGAGGUGGAGGCUCGGAAAAUGGUGUUAUUUGGUGGCCACAGCAGUGGGGUCACUAAUAAAAAGAAGCAGUGCGAGUGGCAAAGUGUUGCUGCUGCUGUCAAUUUUGUCAGUGGGACAGAACGGACAGUUGCAGAAUUAAAGAAAAAAUGGUCCGACCUGAAGGUAUACUAAUUUUUUUUUUUUACCAACAUAUUAAAUUUGUUUUAUUAUAUAUAAAUAGCAAUAUUGCAUUUCAAAAAGUUUUAUUUACAUGUGCUUACAGUAUGUAAAAUAGAUUCUCAUUUAAGGUGGAGGCAAAGAGAAAACUGUCUUCCCACCGCCAGAGCGUGGCUGCAACUGGUGGGGGCCCAAGUACAGCUGAUCUGAAAUCAGUGGACAGCAAAAUCGCUCCCAUAAUUGGGGAAGUCAGCGUGUGUGGGAUUGUGUCGGAAAAGGAGGGAGACACUGACGUGACUGAAACCACAGAGGAGAAAGGUUAAACAGAUUUUUAUUUAUCAUUAACGCUGUACAUUUGAGUGUUUGGGUGCCAAUUGUUUGUCUUCCAGUCCUUCCGGAGUCUGAAGCUGUUGGUGAACAGGAGGUUCAGGGUGAGGGGUUCUCGGAUGCAGAUGCACAGCGUCCGGCUCAAAGCAGUGCACCUUCUGCGUCUGCCACGUCCAAAAGUGGUCGGGUACUCACUGAUGCAGUCCUGCAGUUGCAGCGAGACACAAUAAACGCUGUCAACAGAGUUGCAGAUGAGCUACGGCAGAUGAGAGAAGUGAUGUAAGAAAUUGCACAAUUAAUAAAAGAUGCAGUUAAAACAUGAA